AUGCUCCCCUCCAACACCACGGACUCUAUGACAGGAGGAGGAGUUCCUCUCUCGGUGAACUUUGACAGUCCCGACGAUUAUUUCAUCUUCAUUUUCCAGCUCUUGUUCGCAACCACCGUCGUUCUGGUGGCCGGACCCGUAGUCAUCACCAUCUUAGCCACCAGAUCCCUCCGCCUCCAGAACAGGUUCCUCUUCAUGCUGAACACCAGCAUCUGUGACACUCUGGUUGGGUUCUCGGUGUUUUAUCUCGGUCUGUUCGAUGUUCAGGAGGGCUAUCCAUCCAGAAACGGGACGUAUAAUAUCCUGCCCUCGCUUCUAGGGGUCAACAUAUUGACGUUCUUGUUCGCGCAGUUCGACCGGUACUUCGCCGUGUGCCACCCGUACAUCUACGGCCGCUUCAUCACGAGGCAGUUCGUGAUCGGCGUCAACGUCUACUGCUGGGUUUACAACAUCGCGCACCUGAUCGUCAGGAAUCUGCUGCCGGUCUCCAAAGCCAUACAGAUGUACGUGUUCAGCAUUGUCAUCUUCCAGAUGAUCGUGUUCACCAAAGUGGUCAUGACCGUCAAACUGUACGUGGUCGCCAGGUUCCAGCUCGAGAGAGACCCUCCCGGUCCCGAGAAGGAAAACAAGAAGGAAUCUUUGAGAAUUAUUAUCUUUGUUGUCAUAAGCUUCUUGGUGUUGUGGUGCCCCUCUUUUGUCAAUAUCAUCAUCAGAUUCGUGUUGGGUGGAGGCCUGACGUUUAGGAACGAGGCCACCAAUGUGUUCGCCAUCAUGGCUCGCUUCAACGCGGUGUGCACUCCGUCCGUGUACAUCUGGGGGAGUCCGGCUCUGAGGGAAGCCCUGGUGAGGACCGUGUGGGGCAGAGUGUGUCCGAGAUGCAAGACGAGAGUCGGCUCUUGUCACGUGAAGGGAGACACCAACACGGCAUGGAAAUAAUCAAGAACC